AUGUUUCCAUGGCUUUCAAAUCACCCACAGCAUCUAGCGAACUUCCAGGCGAUGAUGGAUUCGCGAUACACCAACCCUCGAACAUGGUUUGACGUAUACCCCAUCAAGGAACGUUUGAUUAGCGGUCUGGCGGCGUACAUGCACAUACAACCUCGUCCUACAAAGGACAGUGAUGUUUUGUUGGUAGGUAUUGGUGGAAGUAUCGGCAGUGAUAUGUUCCGAUUUAUGGAUUAUUUGGAUGCAUGGUGGAUAGAGAGCAAGGGCAAAGCAAUCGAAAUCCCGGCUGGAAGAAUCCGAUUCGUCUUGCAAGAUUUACCUGCAGUAGUCGAGAAGAUUGAUUGUGAUGCCUUGAGACGCAAGCACUACAAGAUCAAUAGCUUGUUUGAGUUCCAAGGGCACGAUUUCUUUGACGUUAAUCCGGUCAAAGGUCAGUGUACCCUUUUCCACCGUUUUGAGAUCACCAUUAACAGUUUUCAACAGGUGCAAGAGCCUACUAUAUACAUGCCGUGCUUCGCGAUUACGAUGAUGACGAGUGCACGAAGAUCUUGGUCAACAUUCGCAAGUCCAUGAAGCGAGGUUGGUCGCGUUUGUUACUUCAGGAAUGGGUUAUUCCCAGUUCCGGUGCCAAUUUCCGUGCUACUCGCACCGAUAUGGCAAUGAUGGCUCUCAAUUCUCGGAAAGAGAGAACUGCGGGUCAAUGGGAAGCGCUACUUGUUGUUGCGGGACUCAAGAUUGCAGAAAUCUACGAGAUUGAUCGUGGAUUUGAAAGUUUGAUUGAGGCGGAAAUGGCUUGA